GGACAGGGACAGCAGGACAGUGACAACCGUCAAAGAUAUAGGUUAUACAGUCUAUAGUAUCCAUACGCGUUUUUAUUUUUAUAUAUUUCUUUUCGUUAAAAAGUCACUUAUUCAAGACACUACUUCACAAUGAUAAUAGCGCGAAUUUUGUCAGUAAUCCUCACUCAUAUUUUCCAGUAUUUUUAUAACAAGGACUGACACAUUAUAUAUGCAUUUUCGAACCUUUGUUGCUUCUGUCAAACUUCCACUGUACAUGUGUACACAACGUGCAUAAUAUAAAUAUAAAACGUGGAAAGUGUAAUCAGUGUUCUCGUUCACAGAGGAAGUUGAGAUAAUUAAUAUGCCCAGAUCGACAAGAGAUGUUCCAUGUGCAGUGGGAUUUAUUGGGCAAUUUGUAAAUAAAUUUUGUCCAUGUCGACAAUCCACCCGAUUAUUAUGGCACAAAGGCGUCAUUCUAGGUCUCACUUAUAUGGCAUACAUGUGUUACCAUCUGACACGAAAACCAAUUUCGGUGGUUAAAAAUGUACUGAGUGUAAAUUGUAGUAGUUUGUCUCCACCUCCGGAUGUUCCUGUUAAUUCUAGUAAUCGAGACACUUGGUGCGAUUGGGCACCUUUUGACACUCGUGAUGCACCAGCGUUGCUUGGAACACUGGACUCAGCAUUUUUGUUCGCGUAUGCUGGUGCCAUGUUUCUUAGCGGGUUCAUUGCUGAACGGGUGAAUCUUCGGUAUUUUCUCGCUCUCGGAAUGUUAACAUCCGGCAUUGCAUCUUAUUUAUUCGGAAUAGCAAGAGCCUACAAUAUACACAGCCUUUUUUAUUUCGUUUUAGUUCAGGCAUUUGGCGGAGUUUGUCAAACGACAGGUUGGCCAGGCGUUGUGACGAUCGUAGGGAAUUGGUUCGGAAAAGGAAAGCGAGGGUUAAUCUUUGGAAUUUGGAACUCACAUACUUCUAUAGGAAAUAUUUUAGGCAGCGUAAUUGCCGCUCAAUAUGUCGAGACUGAUUGGGGUUUAAGUUUUAUAGUACCUGGAGCUAUAAUGGGAUUUUGCGGUUUUCUUAUUUUCCUAUUUCUAGUACCUAGUCCCGAAAAUAUUGGCUACACGUCACCUGCCUCUCUCGGGUACAGGAAAAUUGACGUUCCUGGAAGUUCAGACGAAAGCAAUGCUGGAGAUGAAGAAGCACGAGACGUUAGAGAUGAUACGGUUUAUCGGCGUGGCUGUCACCAACAAAAUGAUGUCCAUGAUUUACCAGAACAAGGAUCUGAAACGAGUCCUAUGCUCUGCAUCAACCGGCAAAAUUCCAAAAAUGAAAGACCGAUUGGAUUUGCGGGUGCAAUCAACAUUCCAGGGGUGAUGGAGUAUUCUUUCUCAUUAUUUUUCGCUAAACUUGUCAGCUACACAUUUUUGUACUGGUUGCCACUCUACAUUUCUGCUUCGACAACCUUGAGUCCAUCUGAAAGCGCCAAUCUUUCGACUUUAUUCGAUGUUGGAGGAAUUGCAGGGGCGAUAGUAGCUGGUUUGCUCUCGGAUUAUUCAGGAAUGAGCGCCUUAACUUGUACUGCCAUGUUAGCUCUAGCCGUCCCUGCGCUUUUCCUCUACGAUUAUCUGGGACACGUCAGUUACGGAGUAAAUGUAUUAUUAUUACUAGUAGCCGGAUUUUUAGUUAAUGGACCAUACGCACUAAUAACCACAGCAGUAUCAGCUGAACUUGGAACGCAUCCGAGUUUAGGUGACAGUUCGAGAGCUUUAGCUACUGUCACUGCCAUUAUUGAUGGAACAGGAAGCAUAGGAGCGGCUGUUGGCCCUUUAUUAGCAGGACUCGUUUCCGGUUAUUACGGAUGGCAUAAUGUUUUCUACAUGCUUAUGGCUGCUGAUGUUCUAGCGCUUUUGCUUCUUUCAAGGCUAGUCUACAGGGAUGUACGAUUGCUCAUUCAAAGAAGAUGGGCCCUUUGACAUCGAGCAUAUUCUAACUAACUAAAUAAUGAUUGUAUAAUAUUUAACUGUAAAUCACUUUGGUGAAUUACAUAUCAACAAAAAUGUAUUAUUUUACGUCUAGCGAAAUGUGUAUAAAAGUCUCGUGGAUUAUAUUUUAUUUACUACCAAGAGUGCUACUAUGGAAAAAUUUUCGAAUGUAUUAGACAUGUUUAGUUAGCUAGAAUAAAUCAUGUGAAAUGUUCAUUUUUGCGAUCAGCUAAAGUGUUUGAAAGCAAUAAUAAGAGUAAAAUCGUUUACUUCUUGUGCACAAAUGGAGCAGUUUAAUGUUCAGAUGAUCUGCUUUUAAUAUUAAGACAUUUUCUAAAAUAUAUUUCUGUAUUUUUCCGUU